GGAAAAUUAUCGCCAACGGAUUUCCUGGCGUUUCUGCUAUAUAUAGGCGAGGAAAGAAAAACACCAAGUUACGUUUAACAAAGAACUCGCCGCAUUAACAAGGCCACACCAAGGUCGUGCACUUUUUUUUUUUUUUCAUUUUCUCUUUUUAAUUAUUUUCUCUCUCAAAACCAAAUUAACUAUGGAAGAUCAAGAAGCGAGAGAACCAGCAGCAGCGGAUCAUCAUAAGCCGUCUUCGUCUUCGAUGAAGAAUGUCGUUCGAGGUGAGAGCAAGGAGCAGAAGGUGUCGUUUUUCAAGCUGUUCUCGUUCGCCGACCGGCUUGACGUGGUGCUGAUGGUCGUCGGGACGGUUUGCGCCGCCGCAAACGGGGUGUCGCAGCCGCUGAUGACGCUGAUAUUCGGAAAACUCAUCAACUCCUUCGGAGAAUCCGAUCAAUCUCAUGUUCUUGACGAGGUUUCGAAGGUUUCCUUGGAUUUUGUAUACUUGGCAAUUGGAACUAGCAUUGCUUCUUUUCUUCAGGUGGCUUGUUGGAUGGUAACCGGUGAAAGACAAGCCACGAGAAUCCGAGGUUUGUACUUAGAAACCAUUCUUAGACAAGACAUUGCAUUCUUUGACACCGAAACUACCACCGGAGAAGUCAUUGGGAGAAUGUCAGGAGACACCAUUCUCAUUCAAGACGCCAUGGGCGAAAAGGUCGGGAAGUUCAUACAGCUCGUUUCAACCUUUCUGGGGGGCUUUGUUAUCGCCUUUGUGAAAGGGUGGCUUCUGACCCUUGUUUUGCUCGGUUGCAUUCCGCUCAUAGUCCUUGCAGGCGGUGCCAUGGCGACUAUAAUGUCAAAAAUGGCGAGCCGUGGACAAGUCGCUUAUGCUGAAGCUGGCAACGUAGUAGAACAAACUGUUGGAUCCAUUAGAACGGUUGCAGCAUUUACUGGAGAGAAGAAAGCGAUUGAGAAAUACAAUAGCAAGUUGGUCAUUGCCUAUAAUAUGAUGGCGAAACAAGGGCUGGCCUCAGGCCUUGGACUUGGGACAGUUUUGUUGAUUGUGUUCGGGACUUAUGGACUUGCUGUUUGGUUCGGAUCCAAAUUGAUCAUUGAAAAGGGAUACACCGGCGGAGAAGUUAUAAAUGUGAUUUUCGCAAUCAUGACCGGAGGCAUGUCCCUAGGCCAGACAUCUCCAUGCUUGAAUGCUUUUGCUUCAGGGAAGGCUGCAGCCUACAAAAUGUUUGAGACCAUCAAACGAAAACCGAACAUCGACGCCUAUGAUACUAAUGGCAUUGUAUUGGAAGACAUGAGAGGUGAAAUUGAACUCAAGAAUGUGUACUUCAGAUACCCUGCUAGGCCAGAUGUGCAAAUCUUCGCAGGAUUCUCAUUACAUGUCCCAAGCGGCACGACAACCGCAUUAGUCGGACAAAGUGGAAGUGGGAAAUCCACGGUGAUUAGCUUGUUAGAAAGAUUCUACGAUCCUGAUUCAGGUGAAGUGCUUAUUGACGGUGUUGAUUUGAAAAGGUUACAACUUAAAUGGAUAAGAGAAAAGAUUGGGUUGGUAAGUCAAGAACCUGUUUUGUUUGCAACUACCAUAAGGGAAAAUAUAGCAUAUGGGAAAGAAAAUGCUACUGAAGAGGAGAUUAAAACGGCAAUUGAACUUGCUAAUGCAGCAAAGUUCAUUUACAAGUUGCCUGAGGGCCUAAAUACAUUGGCAGGGGAACAUGGGACUCAGCUAUCUGGUGGACAAAAGCAAAGGAUAGCAAUUGCAAGGGCCAUCUUAAAGAAUCCAAGAAUUCUCCUUCUUGAUGAAGCAACAAGCGCGUUAGAUACAGAGUCCGAACGUAUUGUUCAGGAGGCACUAGUGAGAGUUAUGGCAAACCGGACCACUGUGGUUGUUGCUCAUCGUUUAACAACCAUUAAAAAUGCUGACAUUAUUGCAGUUGUGCACCAGGGAAAAAUUGUUGAGAAAGGAACUCAUACCGAGUUGAUUAGUAAUCCUGAAGGUGCUUACUCCCAGUUGAUUCGCUUGCAAGAAGGAGCCAAUGGAACAGAAGAAAACCAAGCCAAUGACAAGGAUAAGAACAGUACAUGUUUUGAGAUAGAGAAGGUCAUGACAAGGUCUAAUAGCCAAAGAUUAUCGAUGAGGAGAUCCAUUAGUAGAGGCUCAUCAAGUAGCCGACAUUCUUUUACCCUUAGCUUUGGUGUUCCUGGACCAAUUAGUAUUCACGAGGCUGAAGAAAGAGGUGCGGAGAAUACGGCAGAAAAUGAUGAGGAUGCUGAAAAGCCUAAAAAAGUUUCCAUGAGGAGGUUGGCGUACUUGAACAAGCCUGAGCUUCCUGUCUUGAUUAUGGGAACCAUUGCUGCUGCAAUACAUGGAUUGUCUUUCCCUGUAUUUGGCCUUCUACUUUCAAGUUCCAUUGACAUGUUCUACGAAAAUCAUAGUGAGCUGCGAAAGGAUUCCAAGUUUUGGGCACUUAUCUACAUGGGUUUGGGGCUUCUCAACUUUGUGGUAAUUCCAGUACAGAAUUUCUUAUUCGGAGUUGCAGGUGGAAAGUUAGUCCAACGUAUUCGUUCCUUAACUUUCGAGAAAGUUAUCCACCAAGAAAUCAGUUGGUUUGAUGAUCCUGCAAAUUCAAGUGGUGCAAUCGGUGCGAGGUUGUCUUCUGAUGCUUCAACAAUUAGGAGUCUCGUUGGCGAUGCAUUGGCACUAAUAGUUCAGAAUAUAGCAACAAUCACAUCAGGGCUAAUCAUAUCAUUCACAGCUAAUUGGAUUCUUGCAUUAAUAAUCCUAGCAGUGUCUCCUCUGAUGAUUAUUCAGGGAUUUUUGCAGGCCAAGUUUCUAAAAGGAUUCAGUGCUGAUGCCAAGGUUAUGUAUGAAGAAGCUAGUCAAGUGGCAAAUGAUGCAGUUGGCAGUAUUAGAACUGUUGCAUCAUUUUGUGCGGAAAAGAAAGUUAUGGAAAUGUACCAAAAGAAAUGUGAGGUUCCCAUGAAAACUGGAGUGCGGUUAGGACUAAUAAGUGGAGGAGGUUUUGGCUUUUCUUUCUUGGUCCUCUACAAUGUAAAUGCAUUUAUUUUCUACAUUGGAGCUGUUCUUGUGAAAGAUGGGAAAGCAACAUUUGGAGAGGUUUUCAAGGUUUUCUUUGCAUUAACACUUGCAGCAAUGGGGGUUUCCCAAACUACUGCCUUGGCUCCUGAUUCCUCUAAAGCCAAGGAUUCAGCUGCCUCAAUAUUCAAAAUUCUCGAUAGAAAGCCUAAGAUUGAUUCAAGCAGCGACGAGGGGGUAACGCUACCAACCGUAACCGGAGAUAUUGAGCUUCAACAUGUUAGCUUCAGAUAUCCCACGAGACCUAAUGUCGAAAUCUUUAGAGAUCUUUCUCUAACCAUUCCAUCUGGAAAGACUGUUGCUUUAGUUGGAGAGAGUGGUAGUGGAAAAUCGACAGUAAUAAGCCUAAUAGAGAGAUUCUAUGAUCCACUGUCUGGUCUCGUGACAUUAGAUGGAGUUGAAAUCAAAAAGUUGAAACUAAAUUGGUUGAGGCAACAAAUGGGAUUGGUGAGUCAAGAACCCGUCCUCUUUAAUGAGACAAUCCGCACCAACAUAGCCUAUGGCAAACAAGGGGAGGUCACCGAGGAAGAGAUAAUAGCGGCCACAAAAGCAUCAAAUGCACACAACUUUAUAUCCUCAUUGCCUAACGGAUAUGACACGCCUGUUGGGGAGAGAGGAACACAGUUAUCAGGAGGACAAAAGCAAAGGAUAGCCAUAGCAAGAGCCAUACUAAAAAACCCGAAAGUCCUUUUGCUUGAUGAAGCUACAAGUGCACUAGAUGCAGAGUCGGAGAGAGUGGUACAAGAUGCCUUGGACAGAGUUAUGGUGGACAGAACAACCGUUGUUGUUGCUCAUCGCCUUACUACAAUCAAAGGAGCCGACAUCAUUGCAGUAGUGAAGAAUGGUGUGAUUGCUGAGAAGGGCAAGCAUGAUGAGCUGAUGAAGAUCAAUGGUGGUGCCUACGCAUCAUUGGUAGCACUUCACAAGUCUGCAACAUGAUAAAGGGCAAACAGAAACAGGUAUUAGCUGUAGUGUUUGCCAAGAUGGGAUUUAGUGAGUCAGGGUAGAACAGGCAAAAAUGAAAAUUAAGAUUUAAGGACAGUUAAUUGAAUUAUAAGGCAUCUAAUAUCAUGUUUCCUGGAAAGUUGUAUCCUCAAGGAGCCUUUCCGUAGGAAUACGGUAGGAAUGGAGAUGUUUUGGCGAGGUUUAUGAAUGGCUUUUUAUGCUCAGUUUAGUUACAGCAAAUUUUUUGCAUUACGGAAAUGUAUGGGAAUUCAUAAAAAUAAAAAAUAAAAAAUAAAUAUGGAUUCUAACAGAAAUUCUUCGAUCUCUUGCUUUUUUUUUUUUUAGGGAAAUUCUUAUCGCGUGAUCUUUUAAUGAUAAGUACCAGAACGAGUUAUAUUUUUAUUAAGAUAGUCUUGCGCAAUGAGUUUUCAAGCCUCUUUUCUUUUUUUUCUUUUUUUUUUUUUUUUUGCUUUUAUAGUUUUCAAGCCUUACCUCAGUGUCCAAUUUACAUAGUGUGCUUC